UGCUAUCACAGCUUACUGCUCAUCUUUGAUGUAAACUGCUUGAUUCACAUUCACCUGAUAGUAAAGCAGCCAUGUUAAUAUUAUCAAAUCUAUUAACAGGAGUGAGCUAUCAAGUUGAAACUUGCAGUACAAGACACAGAGAGUGAAGGCUAUAUCUAGCAAUGCAUAUGUAGCUUGCAUUACAUUUUCAGUAAAAUGUUAUAACUGUACUCUGAAUAAUCAUUGUAAUAAUAUCUUUGUAACAAAAGUUAGAUUGUAUUCAGAGCAAUUUUAACCAAGAGCAUGAAUGCUUGACAAUAUACUGUGAUAAAAGUCAUUAAAAAAUAAAUUAUAUUAUAAAAUUUUAUAAUUUCUUGAUAAUUUAAUAUAUACAUACAAACUAUAAAAAUAAUAAGUUAAAUGUUUGUAGUAUAUGAUAAAAUCAUAGAAAAUUAUAUGAUAUAUUCCACUGGAAGAAUAUCUAUGAAUGUUUUUAGGAAUUCAGUAUGAUAAAAGUUCCCCUGGUUGGAAGUUUCUAUCAAGAGCAGCAUGUUUAUGCAGUAGAGCUGAUUUUAAACCUGGACAAGAAAAUGUUCCAAUUUUAAAAAGAGAAUGUACUGGUGAUGCAUCAGAAACAGCAAUAAUGAAGUGCAUGGAGUUAGCUGUUUCUAAUGUUGUUAGUUAUCGCCAGAGAAAUCCUAAAGUUUGUGAAAUUCCAUUUAAUUCAACAAAUAAAUAUCAUGUAACUAUUCAUGAAACUGAAGAUUCUGAUGAUCCUAGUUAUAUUUUAUGUAUGAAAGGAGCACCUGAACGAAUUUUAGAUAGAUCUUCAACAAUAUUUAUUAAUGGAGAGGAGAAAGAAUUGGAUGAAGAAAUGAAGGAUGCAUUUAAUAAUGCAUACUUAGAAUUAGGUGGCUUAGGAGAACGUGUUAUUGGUUUUUGUGAUUAUAAGUUGCCCUCAGACAAAUAUCCACCUGGUUAUCCAUUUGACCCAGAUGAACAGAAUUUUCCUCUAAGUAAUCUUAGAUUUCUUGGUUUGGUAUCUAUGAUUGAUCCACCUCGAGCUGCAGUACCAGAUGCAGUAGCAAAAUGCCGUAGUGCUGGUAUUAAGGUUAUUAUGGUUACUGGAGAUCAUCCAAUUACUGCCAAAGCAAUUGCUAAAGCAGUUGGAAUUAUUUCUGAAGGAAAUGAAACUGUAGAAGACAUUGCUCAAAGAUUAAAUAUUCCAAUAGACGAUGUUAAUCCAAGAGAUGCUAAAGCAGCAGUAAUUCAUGGCUCUGAAUUAAGAGAAAUGACAAUGGAACAAUUAGAAGAUGUGCUGAGUAAUCACACGGAAAUUGUAUUUGCACGAACUUCUCCUCAACAGAAAUUGAUAAUAGUAGAAGGAUGUCAAAGAUUAGGUGCUAUUGUAGCUGUUACUGGAGAUGGUGUUAAUGAUUCUCCUGCCUUAAAAAAAGCUGAUAUAGGAGUAGCCAUGGGAAUUGCAGGAAGUGAUGUUAGUAAACAAGCAGCAGAUAUGAUUUUAUUAGAUGAUAAUUUUGCAUCAAUUGUCACUGGAGUAGAAGAAGGAAGGCUUAUAUUUGACAAUUUGAAGAAAUCUAUAGCUUAUACACUUACAAGCAAUAUUCCAGAGAUCACUCCAUUUUUACUUUUUAUUUUAGCUGAUGUCCCUUUACCUUUAGGUACUGUUACAAUUUUAUGCAUUGAUUUGGGAACUGAUUUGUAUCCGCUCUUCGUCACUGCUUGAAAUGUGUUGAAAGUGUGAGAUGGUAUUGAUGUUGUUCGUUUGGUGUUGAUUAAUGUGCCUGUUACUGUUGUGCAACCUCCACAUUAUUUGCAUGUUGUGAGUUCCAAAUAUAUUGAGUUAAAAUCAU